AUGGAGUCUACUUUCCGGUCGGUGCAAGUGAAGCAGGUCUGGGAUUCUGUCCCUCCUGUGCGAGAGGCCCAGCCUCCUCUGCUCCCCAGCUUUUCGGAAGACCAUGGUCCCUGGCCUCUUCCUUUCUAUCCGGUCCUUGGCCCGUUCCCAUCUCACAGAGGUGACUACCAGGAACAACCGCUUCCAGUUUGGAUCGGUGACUUCGCGGAAAUCUACCCCACAACCUACUCUUAUGGAAUACAGAGCACCUCGGAGUCCAGCACUCCUGACUCCGUGACCACUGUCUACCAGGAACAGCGGGAGAAAACAGCAACUCCGAGAACCCGGGGGGACGCUGCAGAAGAAUCAUUCACAGUGGCUAUGCAGCCCGGGUCCUGUUCCAGAGCGCCCCACCGUGGCGACGACGCAAAGGGCACUGAGACCAGUGGCGGGAGUAGCUUCACAGAGAUUGGCAACCAGCCUGGAGAGGCUGGAGAAGUAGACUCUGGACUUUGUCAGGAUUCCUCCGGCGCAUUCCUCGCCCGCUAA